AAUUUUCUACAACAUAUGACAGUAAGAAAUAAAUGUCAUCACACUUGACGAAUUUUUGAACUAUUUAUUUUUAUGAUGAUCCACACGUCUUAAUAAUACUAUAAUAUUUUUAUAACCUCAAAUGAUGGCAUGGUGAACUUCACAGUGGACAUAACAGAAACAGUUAUGCAAAGAAGUGUAUAGGGAUAAAGUAAAAUGUGGAUCGACAAAUUAGCUUAAAUUGUGUAAUUAACUUUUUUCGAGAAGUGAAUUUCGGCAACAAUUAUUUAAUGUUAAGUUAUCAAUUUUCAGUUAAGUUUUAUUUAUAAAGAUACAAAUUAAAGGGAUCUUAAACAAGGACGUGUGCAUACUGGACUAUGUUUAUAUUUAUAUCCUAACUUUUUCUAUUAUUUUCGAGAGUAAAACAGACAUUAAUGCACACAUGCCUGAACAUACAGUAGGUUGAAUGCACCAUUAAUUUUGUUUGUGUUGCUACAAAUAACGGUUAUACAUGUUGUAUUAAUAGAAAACAUGUACAAGUAGAAAUUCUCAGAGUUUUAUAGCGUAUAAAGAACAUUCGUUGAAUAAUAAAAAAAAUCUGUCUAGAAUUCCUCACAAUAUGCACGGAUUUGAACUUUACUCAUACAGUUUUCAUUUUCCGUUUUAAAAGUACAAAGCUACAAAGCAUACUUAUUUUUGAAAGGAAUUUAAAACAAUGACGGAUUUACGUGAAAAUCGUGCUGAAAAGAUGACUUUUGGAAAUUAGACAACCGAUAGGCAGCGAUGGCGGUAUCGAAUUUGACGUCAAACAUGACGUCACCAAGAAAUUCCACGAAUGAUAACAUUUUAUAUAGCGGACCACUUGUUGACAAGGCGAGAGAAGAAUUAAUGGAGAUUUAUAUUUAUCCGCUUGUAUUUGUGAUUUUCUACAUGGUAGUUGGAUUUAUAGGAAAUUCAAUUGUGAUUUAUAUUUUCACAAAGAGAUGGAAAUUAACAAAAACAACUAUCUUUAUUCUGACGCUAGCUGGUGUCGAUCUUCUAUCGUGUAUUAUCAAUAUGCCGACAGAGGCAGCCAUGUUAUGGAAUCCUAUGGAUUUUGAUUAUGACGUCAUUUGUAAAGUGUCACGAUACACAACAUUUACGGCCACCGUUUCCUCAUCGUUCGUUUUAAUUGCUAUUUCAAUAGAUAGGUAUUUAAUGAUAUGCCGACCAUUUCUCGGCAGAGAGUUAGGUGUUCAAUAUGCAAAGCGGACCUGUAUAAUAGCUGUUCUACUCGGUCUUGUCCUAACUUGGCCGUCACUUAUAUUUUACGGAACAUAUACAUAUCAAGUGGAGAAGAACGAUCCUAACACGGGGAAAAUUGUGAAAAUUGAAAGCAAAACAUGCCUCAUAUCAAAUUUCUACGUCGAACAUUACAAAUUGCCUGCAGGAUUUUAUUUCUUCUUGUUCGGUGGGCACAUUAUCAUGUUCAUUAUAUUGACGAUGGUUUAUUUACUAAUUGGACGCAGUCUUUUCAUGUCAACUAACACGGACGUAUCCUAUGAAAAGAGGCACAGUCUAAAAUAUUUCGGUAUAAGCAUGAUGUCAGCGUUCACUGGUACGGUGCCAAAUAGCCCGGCUGAUAACCGCGAUCGUUUAAGUUGGGGAAGUCGAAGUUCGCGUGCGGUGUCGCUUGAAAAUAUCCACCGUAUUGACCAAAGUCCUAUUAAUAACCUAACUCGGCAGCAAGCACGCAAAAGUAAUGAAACUACAGUAAGUAUUGUUUUAAAUGACAUAGAAAAAAAUAGAAAGGAACAAAUAAACUCGAGCAAUGAAAAUACAGAUAAAAGAUCCAAAGAUAAUUUUUUGAAAGACAAUGUUUCAAACUGUAGUGUCAUUCGGAGUAUCUCGGAUAACGAAAGCGAUGACAGACUUGAUAUCACACGUAACAAUCUUUGUGUACAACCGGCAACAUCAGACGAUAGCGCGAGUGACACUUCAUUUAACUCACCUGAAAAGAAACCCAACAAUAAACUUUUGUAUCUUAACAUCGGUAGAAGAGAUAAAAAUAAAACGAACAAUGGCCGUUUAUCUUCCAGUUCACCAACUAGUGCUAACAGUUUAAACCCAAUGACCCCAGUAUCACCAAUGACCCCUGACAGUGUCAGGGGAAUUCUAUAUCGAAGUCAGAGUAUUGAAAGUAGGGCAAGGCUAAAUAGGAUUAUAUCGGACGAACUUAGACAUGCGGAAGUAAAAGAAUUUAGUUUGCGUAGGAAUACGUUAAUCAUGCGGAUGGUUACAAUAGCGUUUGUAGUGAGUUUCCUCCCUUACCUAGUAAUUGUCACGUUACGGUAUUCUAACACGGACAUACCAACAAAACUAAGUAAAGUGGAACAAAUCUUAUACCACGUGUUUUUAAGGACUUACUUUGUUAAUUCUAUGAUUAACCCAUUCAUAUAUGGAUUUAUGAAUGUGGAAUUUCGAGCUAAAAUUAAAGCAUUGUUUUGUAAAUUUUGUACAAAGCAUAAUAUAUGCAUGUAAUAUUUUAAUUCGAAGUGAACCAAAAUACACAAAAAGCUCUAAAACAGUCAUGCCUGCUUGUUAGAUUUCAUUUUCAGACUUCCAUCACACAAAUAUAACUUGUACCUUAAUACAUAUGUUAAAGUGAUAUUAUGAACUUCAAAGGUUUGUACCAUGUUUGUACAAGUAGAAGCUUUAUUUUUCUUUGCCAUUAUUCUGUUGUUAAUUUUAUAUUCUUCUUCCCAAACAAAAUAAUCAAUAGUUCACGUGACUAGCGAAAAUUCCUUUAGUUAAACCCUUCGUAAAGGUUUACUUUAAAAAGACUAGGUCAAUUAUUUAAUAUUUUUUACCUCCUUUUAAAAAUGUUCACCACCAUUAAAUGUAUUGCUUCAUACAUGAUAAAGCUCAAAGGUCAAGGUCAGAUUUAGAGCAAUUUGCUUUGUAAUAUGUAUAAUGCCCACAUGUUCGUCAAAAGCUUUUAUGACGGGCGUAUUUUGCGACAAUUUUACUUUCAUUAAUGUUUUAUUUAACAAAAUUAAUUUUGUUUGGUUCAUAAUGCAUUUCUCUUUUUGGUCAAAACAUACGAUGAAACCGGUGUUCUAAACAAUAAUAUAACUUAUUUAAAAUAACAAUUGUUAUUAAAUAACAAUUUAAAACACAUAAAUCAAGAUAAUUAUUAUGAUAAUUAUUAUUAUUGUUUAUAUUAGUUAAUAAAUUAUUGACCAUGUUCGUUUACUUACUUGCUUUUCUGUUAUCAUAUGCGUAUACAUUCGAUUUGUUAUAAUUAUAUUUUCAAACAAUGCUUUAUUGGUUUUAUUUUGUUCGGCAUCAAGUUUAUAAAAAAUAUGCGAUGCUAUUUGUGUCAUUAUUAAAUGUUAAUGCAUUCAU